AUGAUACUUUCUCUCGAGAAAUCAACGCGCCAUGUUGUGCCUGAAGGAUUUGCCUCUACUUUGCCCUUCACUGCCUUUUGGAUUAGCAUGCCCACCUUUGGCUCAGGUCUUCGAGAACUUUUCAUUGCCUUGAAAGGUUUCACUUGUGGAGUGUUUCUGUCCGGAUUGAUUAUCACGAUGAAACCAAGUGCCGAUUGGGUUAGCAUUUUGUCCAUGGCUAUCGCCAUUUUGUUCUCUUCCUUCAUUUCAGAAGAAACCAAAAAAACAGUAGCCUACAUGGUUUCUUCCCUUAUGAUGCAAUACAUGAUAGACAAAUCUGGAACCGAUUAUAUGUAUUGUCUUCAUUAUUUUUUUGCCAUCUUAAUCGCCUUAGCUUUUGGUACUGCAGCUUUUUUUAUUCCUUUCGUUCGCUGGUCCAGUGGAAAUGCAAAGCAUUAUAUGUUGGCUCUCGGAAAUGUAUUGAGCAUCAAAGUGCAAGGGGUUUGUAGUAGUUUCUGGACUCGAACGUACUUUGAGCGCGACCUCAACAUGACGCGUUUGCGUCAGCUCCGUACAACCGCUGAAAAGUGUAUCGAAAAAAUUGAAGUCUCCAUGAGCGAGUCUGACUACGAACCGCUUUUUGGUAAUUUUCGCGCGAAGAUGCGGGUACGAUUUGCGUUCUGUAAAAAAAUACAUGCAAUCAUUGGCUCUAUGAUCCAAGUUAUUGAGCUUAUUGUGGAUAAACCGUCUCUUGUGGCCACACCCACAUGCUUGGAGUACGGCGCGGCGAUAGAAGACGAGCUGUCUUAUAUCACCUCUUCCAUAGACAGCAUGAUUCUCAAAAUUCUUGAUACAAGCCGUAAUGUUGAUCUAGAGGUCGAAUUUUUCCGCGAAGCGCACGCUCGCUUUCAGGAAUCUCUCUCCCGUAUCCGUGAGGAUGUGAUUUUAAACAAUGAAAACUAUGAAACUGAUCAAUCAGACGUGUUUUUAGGUUUCUUUAUGUUUAGUGUUGAUCAGCUGUGUGAGGUAGUUGGGAGCUUCUCUGAGGACCCAUCUCCACAAAAUAGUAUAGCUUACCUUCUUCUUUUUCCCGUUCGGGAUGUUAAGAGCGUCAUAAGAGCCUUUAAAACGCUUUUCGCGGCAGUUGUAUAUAACCAAACAAUUACUCGUCGCCUUAAGGAGUCGAUAAAGCUCACCCUUUGUAUGGUUGUUCCCGUUCUAUUUCAAAUAUAUGCUAUGUCCAACAAUCCUACCAGCGCCGUCGCUGGUGCUUCCAUCAUUGCGUUGAUUUACAAUCCAACCGGGUCGGCCAGUUUCCACUAUGCCACCGGUCGUUUACAGGGAACCGUCUUAGGAUCAAUUGCAGCAUAUAUGAGUGUCGAGAUCGCAGACAGACGACUGAUGAUGCUGUAUGCGAUGGUAUUUGUUUUAAGUUUUAUUGGCGGAUUCGUACAGGCCGCCCCAAAUUAUUAUGCUCUCGGCAAUGCGAUCGUGUGUAGCACUAUAUCGGUGGUAACGCAGUACACGAAUAGCGCUGCCGCCAUGACACGUAUUAACCAAAAUUGUUUUGCUAUUGUGUUUUAUUUUGUCAUUGCCUGUACGUUAUGGCCAAUGCAUGGGACCACUAAGAUAAGGAUGGACCUUGACGUGAGCUUGCGUUGUUUCCGCGAGUCUUCUACGCGAUUACUAUGCAACUUGGACAUGCCGUAUGAUUUCUCUGAGGUCGUAGCGGAUUCUGCCGCGCUUCUGGAAGAAAUGUCAUCUAAAAUAGCUUCCCAGCUCGCCCACAUCCCUGGCGCGAUUGAGGAACCGAGUUUGAGCUCUGCAGAAUUUCCUGAAGAGGCCUGGCGGAAGGUUAUCCAGAGCGAGAAUAAGCUCCACUCGGCGCUGAGCAUGAUGUGUCUUGCAUAUUCCAUUUUUAUGUCGAGCAGCCCCGCUUCCCAGACGUCGCUUUCUGUUCACUGGGUCGCACUGCAUCGUAUCGCGCCGCACGCGAAGGAUUUGUCGGAUCUGAUUUUCUCUGCGGUGGAUUUGCAUUUAAUGAUUUUCUCCAAAUCUGUAGUCGUCCCGACCAGCCACUUCACGCGACUUCAUACGUCGAUGAUCGAGACCUACGAAGCCAUUCUCGACAUCUACAUUGAGACCAUUCAUUACAGGACUCACGAGACGGAGGAGACGAAGACGGACUUGUUCUCUGAAAUUAACUCCGACUACUCGCAAAGUCGCAGCCACAGCAGCAAGGAUGAUGACGAGGGCGAUGGGAGUCCAACAAGGUCCCUUUUGGGGGAGAUGAAGCCCGAGAAAAGCCCCAUUCGCGUUGCAUUGGGGAAACAAGAUAUAACAGGCGGUCGUCAGGCCUCCUUCAAUGACACCCACGCCAAGCCUGUGGAGAGCAUUCACAGUCCUCGCGAUGGCCACAGCACCUAUAGCGCCGGGGAGGACGCCUCGGAGCACGGGACACGAAGGCGCAAGAAGAUGAGUUACAUUUCCUACAAACCAACCAGCGAGGAGCUCCAGAUGAUGCGAAACUUUGUCUCAGGGACUAACCUGGCCUUGCCGCAGACCAACCCAAACGCACUUGCCGCCUCCGUCGUGGCGCCGUGCACGAACUUGUCGUUUAACAAACCUCCGGAAGUGGAGCCAUCGCGUGUUCUCACGGUGAGUAAUGACGUGAAGCUGAUGGCGAUGACGGGCUUUGACGAUACAAUGAUAAAAAAGCUGCGCAAGAAGCACGGCAUCGCGACCGCCAAGGAUCUCACGGAUGAUAAAAAGGCUCCCUACACUUUAGCUGACUCAUUUACUCAGAGCAAAUUUACUAGAGGAGACAUCGAGGAUAUUCGAGGAUCAACCCUCAACCUGUUUGACAAUAAUGCCUCAUUUAAAAAACAUCUCACAGGUAGCUUUUUCCCGAGGGUGAAUAGGGACCAAGACAAACUAGGCAAUACGAAGAAGGCUGAGCAAAGUAUGGAAAAUUCAUUUCUAUCUUCUGAUAAAAGUGAGGGUGGGCCACUCAGCAAGAAGAAGGACUGCGCUAAAGCUUCACAAAGCGCCAUCGGCAUGAAGGUGGAUGAGAUGCUGGACAAUACUGUUUAUGAAGGUCAGGAAAAAGAAGUUCGCGGGGAUGGCGACGUUGCCGGAGACCGCGACACCCGUUCAAUACCACAUCAGCUAGUUAAUUUGACUGUCGAGGAGGGUGAAGGGGAAGGAUUGAAGCACGUAAAAGAGGAUAUUCCUGCUCAAGCUAACAAAGCGGAUGCGAUCAAUAAUGUUUUCACCGCAUCCUAUUCAUCCCCUGCAGCUGAAGGGGCGAAUUUUGAUACACCCGCAGGGAUUCUUCUGCUGAGCGACAAUCUCAACCUGGCAAAGGAGAGCCCGGACGCGCCCCAGAGCAUGAUGGAAGAAAAAAAAAAGGAAAACACCAACGCUACCGGGGGCGCUAGGGCAUUCAAGACGUCUGCGAGCAUCGACCACAAUUCGUGCAGUACUGAGAAAAAGAACAGUUCAAACAAUCCACACACUGAAAAGGGUAUUCUUGACAUGACUAUGAAUAGAACGAUCCCCAGCAGAUGUUUUCAAUCGAAGAAAUCUAGGGAGGGACAUAGUGUGAAUCAUAAUGAUCAAGAAUCUUAUAUUUCGGGAGGGAAAGACUUCGACAAUGACAUGUUUGACCUUGAAAAAGGUAUUUAUGCUCUUACAAAUCGAGAUAUUCAUAGCAUGGAGGCUUUUUUGUUUGGGAUUCGUGCCAUUGUAACUUACAUGAAUGAGCUUCAAAAUUCAUUGAUUCAGAUACAGCAUGAAAAUGAACUUUCCAAAAAGCUUUGA